AUGUCCACCUCGAGCGAUUUCGCUCAAUCCCAAGCUGCUGACUGGUCGCCACCAAUACCUGCAACGCCAGAACUAGACGCUAUCCAUGACAUCAAGGUCGAAUGGAAACAAAGCAUACGAACUGCAUACGAUAGGAACAAACGCGGAAAGCAACGCCUAGUCGUUGAAUUGCAUGACUUCGAAAUAUACCGUUCUCCAGAUUACGAAAAAAGAGCAUACGAGCUAGCUAGCUUGCACUUUCUCGGGCUUCCACUAAAUAAGAGACUAUGCUUCGACGGCAUAGUGCGCCUAGGGAAUGUCGAGCACUAUGUGCAGGGUGUACCAUUCCAGCAGUGCUCUAUCAAAGACUACACAGACAAACAAAAUCCAGAGGUUACGUCCUAUAUUCAAUCUGAAAUGGCGGCGAAUGACAAGGAAUACGAUAUCUGGUAUCGGCUCACUCAACCUACACCACAAUACCAGCGUCUCCAGGACGCCUUCCUCUGGAUAGCUCAGCUUGGAAAGUACGUUCUUCAUUACAUGGAAGGCGCUUCGCGCUCGCUAGCCUGCUUUCGUGCCAACUUCCACAUCUUCCUGCAGGAUCGAUUUAGUGACAAUCGCGAUUUUGAAAAAUGGCAUGCGGCUUUUCGAAAUCAAGUCGACUUCCGAGUUGCUGUUGUGACAUACAUCGAGUACCUUUACAAGGAGGCCUCUCAUCGGCCAAAUUCCGAUCAGUUUGUUAGGCAGCCAUUAUGGGUUGAGUGCAUGGCGAAAGCUGUCACGCCCAAUAUACCUCGAAAGACAGAUCCUGGGCAGACAGUUGCGACACCAGCUGUUUAUGCUUGUUUUAAAGACAUGUACUUUGGGAAACAAAUCCAAUCGCAAGCUCCAUCCAAGAACGUCCUUGAUAAGCAAGAAUACAGGAAGAAAAGGCUUAGAUUUUUGACAACAACAUCAUCAGCGUCGCUUUCCUAUGACGAGUUGUCCAAGAGCUGUCAGCCAUAUGGAGCAUCCCCGGUAACGGUUGGAGAUGUGGUAGCCGUAGUGCCAGACGAAGAAGAUUCCAAACUAUGGAAACACACCAAACGGAAUUGGCUAGCAUAUGUACAGCGCACACAAACUCUCGACAACGGCAUUCAACAACUAUUUGUAAUGUGGCUGUAUUGGCCUCAUGAUACAAAUAUUGCCAAAGCCUACUAUCCUUUGGAAAACGAAGUCUUUCUGUCGGACCAUUGCAAUUGCGCAGAAAGAGCGCUGCUAUCCACUGAAGUCAAAGGCAAAUACGACUUUGAAUGGUGCCCUCCGGUUACUAAUGCGAAGCGCCUUUUCGUCAGACAAAAGUACAUGACAGAAAAGAGCUCAUUCGUGAGUGUGAAGGACAGUGACAAAACUUGCUUAUGUCACAGACAAAUUCGUGCACCUGUCACCGCUACGUACACGUCUGGUGACACAGUCUAUCUAACACCAUCGCAAGAUCACCAGUUACUAGAGCCAGUCAUCAUCCAACAUAUUGACGAAAAGAAGGGGACGGCAACUGUGCGGAAGCUGUUGCGACUCGGGCGUGAUUGCGCUGAGCUGGCAACGAAUCUGCAGCGAUCGAACAUCGCUCCAAACGAACUUGUACUCACGGAUGAAUAUCCCGAGACGAAGGUUGAUCGGAUCCAGCGUCACUGCUUCAUACGAUUUGUCUCAAAAUCAGAUAUCACAGCUAACGAAAUACCCUUUCCGUACAACCGCCAAGGCGCUGGCGAUCUAUGGUUCAUCUCAAUGGGAUUGAGUGUUAACAACGAAGGACAGAAGAGGCUCUUAUAUCUUCAGCGCCUUCCAUGGAACAUGCGCCAACGCACAAAGAUUGGAUUAGACAACAAACUUAGAGGCUCCAGCAUCUUCAGUGGCGGUGGAUUGCUAGACAGGGGUCUCGAAAAAGGUGGGGCUUUAGAGUUUCGUACUAUUGUCGACUCUAGUCAACAUGCUAUCCGGACGCAGCAAGCGAACAUUAAGAAAUCUUCCACAGUUUGUCUGUACUGUGGCUCAGUAAACACUUUUCUUAAUUCAGCGCUUAAAGGGGACACGAGCUUCAUUGCCAGAGUUGGCGAUGUGGACUUUAUUGCUGCAGGAUGUCCUUGCGUUGCAUUCUCUGGACUUCAGCAAAACCCCCUGAGCCCGAACUCAUUGCUCAACGCGUCUCUCAUUAGUACAUUCUGCUCUUUUGUAGAUCUUUACCGACCUUUAUACGGCGUACUGGAGAACGUAUUGAACAUUGCAUCAGGACGGGCAGGCCGCUCAGCACUAUCUCAGAUGGUGGCUUGCCUGGUAUCAUUUGGAUAUCAAGUGAACCAAUUUAUUAUGGACUCCUGGAACUACGGCAGCCCACAGAGACGCUCACGCGCAAUGAUCACCAUAGCAGCUCCUGGUCGUCAGCCCAUCGUGCAGCCAUAUCACACUCACCGUCGAUCCGACGAGGAAGUUCGUGGAAGAAGCCUAGGCCAGCUACCCAACGGGGAAUUCUGUGCCGGACGUCAGUAUUACCCAACGCCUUUUUAUCAUGUCCCUGCAGAGACUGUUAGUUCCGGGCUGCCCGAUAUUGGAUAUAGCACCGCACAAACAUGUGUACCGUACCCAGACCACCGAAUACCCCAUGUACCCACUAGACAAGAUCGAUCUCUACUAGAUUGUAUUCCAAAAGAACCCCCAGGUUGUGGAUACAGAGAGGCGGAAGAGCUUGGGCUUGUUCCGCCCAAUUCACGCAGGAAAAGAGAGAUCGGCAAAUCUUACCAGAGAAUCAAGAAAGCUGGCUUAGUACCCACAAUCACAACAAGUGCAUGUAUUUCAGAUGCCAGAAACGGCGCUGUGAUGCAUUGGGAAGAAAGCAGAUCCAUCAGUCUCCUGGAGGCUCGUCGCGCACAGGGAAUUGACGAUGUUGAGCCGAUCAUCGGAACAAUCACAGAUCAGUGGAGAAUUGCCGGUAAUGGUGUGGAUCGCACAGUGGGGUUUGCUCUCGGGUUAGAACUGCUUCGAGCUGUCGAAAGCAACGACCUAGAGCUUUCUACAACUCCGAUGGACUGUAAAGCAAAGUCUGCACUGCAACCAGCUCAUGUCAAACGCACGAGGGAAGACGACUUGGACUCUAGCAAGCGGCCAAAAAAACAGGCACGAACAAGCAAGGCGCAAGAUGCUUCUGCCAAUCUCGAAAAUAGGGCAACGUCCAUUGACCCAGGCAGGGAUAGUGAACAAAGCUCGAUAGGUUGGACGGGCUCAACAGGUUCGACAAAGGCACGAUACACACGUCACUCAGGGCUACCGGUCGAGUUUGCUCCGAAGAACUGGAGUAAGAGGGUGGAAGCCACGCGUCGCGACUGGAUUUGA